UCAGUUCUUAUUGGCCGUUUGCUCCCUGAGAUCUGCGCUCUGUUAGUGUCGCCUGUCUGCCUCCAGGACCAUUGCACUUGGGGCCCAGAGCAGCCUUGACCUGAGCCGCCAUGUUCCUGUGCUCCAGGCUCGGGGCCGGGGUCACCAGCUCGGUACGACGGUACUUACAUAAAACUGCAAGAUGCAGUGGAGCUGGAGGAGCUUCAUUUGUGCAUAGAGAUACCCCUGAGAACAACCCAGAUACUCCCUUUGACUUCAAUGAAGAAAAUUACAAGAGAAUAGAGGCUAUAAUUGGCAACUACCCAGAGGGCUACAAAGCAUCGGCUGUAAUCCCAGUGCUUGAUUUGGCACAGAGACAGCACGGAUGGCUGCCUAUCUCCGCUAUGAACAAGGUAGCUGAAGUCUUGGACAUGCCUGCCAUGAGAGUAUAUGAAGUGGCAACCUUCUAUACUAUGUACAACCGGAAACCUGUAGGAAAGUACCACAUUCAGAUUUGUACUACAACACCUUGUAUGCUUAGAGAUUCUGACUCCAUACUGGAAGCUAUCAAGAAGAAACUUGGAAUAAAAGUUGGAGAGACCACACCUGACAACAUGUUCACACUGGCAGAAGUUGAGUGUCUCGGCGCCUGUGUAAAUGCACCAAUGGUGCAAAUUAAUGACCAUUAUUAUGAAGAUUUGUUGCCAAAGGACAUGGAAAGUAUCAUUGAUGAUUUGAAGGCUGGGAAAGUUCCUGAUCCUGGACCAAGAAAUGGCAGAUUCUCGUGUGAGCCUGCUGGAGGACUAACCUCUCUGACUGGACCUCCACCAGGACCUGGCUUUGGUGUUAGGGCAGACCUCUGAAUCUUAGUAAAUGUAUCUGUUUGUAAACCUAAACAAUAAUAAAGUUAUGUCAUAAACCACAA